GUCUGGCUUCUUGUGACUUCGCCAUGGAGAGAGGACCUUCUUCGUCUUCGGCGGCGGCGACGUCGACGACGGCGACGGGAGGCGCAGGCAUUGCGUCGUCGAGUGGCGGCGUUCCGUUCACCCCAAAACCCUCGCACCGAAGGAAAAGCAACAAGCAGCUGAGUGCAAAGCAAUUUGACAAGAUUGUCAAGAACCUCACCGCCGUCAAGAAAUCGGCGAGGAAGGGACACGAUCGAUCGGCUUCCUACUCUUCGCUGGCAGAGGGUGCCGACGAGCCGGAGCAGGUCUUAGGAGAGGAGGGCGAGCGUCGUCUAGCACCCUAUGCUGAAGAGAAUGAAGAUGCCCAUGCGGCGCUUGUAGAGGCCAUGAACAGCCAAAACGGCACAACCGUAGAAGUGGGGCCGGACGGUACGGAGAUGUUGGUCCAUCGAGAGACAGAAUUCUGGCUGCAACGAUCCGGCGUCGACAAGACUUUGGCACAGGGGCUGGGCAAAGGGCCAGACGGCGUGGCAUUGGCCAAAAUUGCCGCGAGAGGCCUAAGGGGAAAAGAGAAUGCGCCACAAGACUCCUUCCUACAUGAGGCUAGCUUCGUCUUCAACCCCCUCACGCGAAGAGUACCGCCGCCCUCGCCUCGCAAGCAGGCUCUUGUUAAUGCACAGCGGGCGAGAAAGACGAGUGCGGCGUCAGUGGAGCCCGGACCACCAUCCGCUACCGCUAAGAGAAAAGACACCGCUCCUCCUUUCAAAAUGCCCGCAUCUGCACCCGCAUCGGCUUCGAUCAGGAGCACAGCCUCUUCAAGCGCCUUCGAGGAAGCAAAGGCAGCAAGAACGGCUUCGAGCACACCCCUCGACCCCUCAGAUCUCUUGCCGCUGGCCUCGGCUCCUAAAGAGAUACAAGAGGCGCUGGUGCUCGAAGACCUCCUGUUUGUCCUUCUAGGGAUAGAGGGCCGUUACAUCCAUUACUCAUCCUCCUACCAACCUGAUGAUCCUUCGAGUCGACUAAAAGGAGCUAGCUUCAUCGUAGACAAGGGGCUCGAUCCGUCUUUUCGAGACCUAGUCGAGCGGGUGCUGCCGCUGGCCACCUUCUACACCAGCAUCUUCGCCUUCAUCGAGAUGGAAUCGAGUCUGGAGUUUGGCACGGUCGCCCAUGCCUUGUGUGCGGCCAUCCGAGAUCUGCUCAAGGAGUACGAGGUCCUUGUAGUCCAGCUCGAGCACCAGCUGGCAACGUCAGCAGCCUUCACGCUGCAGAAACUCUGGUUCUACGUGCAUCCCACGCUCCGAACACUGACUUUUGUUCAUGCCUUUGUCACCGACAUUGCUGCGAUAUCGCACGCAAACAUUUUCGAUUCGGACGACGAAGACUCGGACGAGAGCGACGACGAUGAUGACGAGAAUGACGAUGCGACAGGCGGGAGCGGCGGGAGCCUGGAAAAGCAGAAGCGAGAGCUGCUGGGCCUCGACGACGCAGAUGAAGACGGCAUCGUGGGUGGUAUCGCCAAGGGCGGCGAGAUCCUGUCGAUGCUAUGGGAUCGUGUCGUGAGAAUGAGCGGCGACCAGACGGCGCAUACGCUCUUCACGACGCUCUUUCACCGUGCUGCCCAACCCUAUGCCCGCAUCAUGGUCCGAUGGAUCACGACAGGCCACCUUGCCGACACCUAUGAAGAGUUCAUGAUCAUGGAGAACCCGAGAGUAACGCGUGCCUCACUCGAGUCCGAUCCAACGGAUGAAUAUUGGGAACGACGAUAUACCCUUCGCGACGAGACGAUGCUCGCGCAGAGGGAGCAGCAAAUGCAGCAAGGAAUUGACCUGGAUGCCCUCGUCGACGACAAUGGUACACGAGGCGUUCUUACAGGAGGUGCCAAGGUUCCCGCGUUUUUGGAGCCAUGGAAGCGAAAGGUUUUGCUGGCCGGCAAAUACCUCAAUGUCCUCCGCGAGUGUGGCAAAGAAGUACCGACAGAAGAAGCCGAAGAGUCAAACGAGAGCGGAGAGGCUACCAUCUUCAUGACAGACGAGUCCUUCUUCCGUCGCAUCGAAUCGGCCUAUCAACGCGCAAAUUCUGCCCUCCUCCAUCUCCUCAUCGAAGAGCACAACAUUGUCCCUCGAUUGCGAUCGAUGAAGCACUACUUCUUCCAGUCAUCGUCUGACUUCUUCUCCUCUUUUCUCGAGGCAGCCGGUCGUGAGCUGCGCAAAAAGGUAGAUCCCAGCCGGAUCAGAGACCCAACCAUCAUGCGUCUGCAAACACAUCUCGGCAUGGUUUUGGGCAGCUCGAGCAGCGUCGGAUUCGCCGACCCUUUUCGAGAGGACGUCAAGGUGGACCUGGCGGGCGAGAAUGCAUACGACCAGCUCAAGCGCAUCGCUGAGAUAAAGGGAGGCGUAGAAGCCGCAAGAGCGCAAGCCAAGCUUGCGAAGCAAAGGGACAAGGACUGGGUUCCCCUCAUGGAGCUCCUUCAAUUCGACAUUACCGUCCGCUUUCCUGUCUCGCUCGUCAUAUCCAAGAAGAAUAUUCUUCGCUGGCAAUUCCUUCAGCGGCCCAUCAUCCAUCUCAAGGCCACGGAGCGGAGCCUGUGCGACGUCUGGGUCGAGCAUCAGGACGAUUCGUGGCGGAGCCUUGAAAGGCGUCACCCGUCACUGCAGCAGUGGAAGAUGCGCGUCUUCAGGCUCCGCCACCGGAUCCUCUUUUUUGUCCAACAAGUCCUGGCCUUUGUCACGGCAGAGGUGCUCGAGCCAAAUUGGAGAGACCUCGAGGAAAGGAUGGACAAGGCAAAGACGGUGGACCAAUUCAUGAAGGACCACUUUGACUUCUUGAACACGUGCAGAAAAGAAUGCAUGCUGACAGAUCUGCGUUAUGUCGAGAUGCUGUCAAAGCUCAUGUCUGUCGCUACGAUCUUCUGCGAGAAUAGGGUUCGCUUCCGGGACCAGCUCGCUCUGGAGCGAGCGUCGGGAGCAAAACAGCUGGAGUCGCCCGAAAGUAUCCUCGAGGGUAACCGACCCAAGAUGAGCGCAGAGGUCAUCGUCUUUAUUGCAAAGGUGGAAAAAUCGUGGGAGUCGAGACUGAGGACGUUCAAGGACAUUGUCGCGCUGCUUUCGACGACGGACAACCCUGCUGCACUUCCCCUUUCUUACCGGCUCCAGUCAGCCUGAGUCGCCUGUUCUCUUUCCCUUUUCUGUAGUACUACUGUCCCGCGUGAAGAGAGCACUCUGUGUACGAUGUAACAAUAU